GGCACCGGUUUGUGGAUCUGAUAGCCGCCAGAGAUGAAUAUGGUUGUCACUAGAUGCGGAUGCGACGAGUGUGCCAGCAGGACUCGGAUGAAUGGCAAUAGCAUUGAUUCGGUUAGUGUGGCCCGUCCAGGGAUCACCGACCUUCUCCGAGGUUUUUGUACCCCAUUCACGUAUGGUAGGAUCCUCGUAUAUUAUAAGGACGUUGUGGCAUCAUUGUUGGUUGCUAGAUGGACUCCACAGAACAGCUCAUGAUACACCCUGUGCUCUCAGCCACUCUUUGUAUUUCAGUGAUUCAACGACCCAUCCAUCUGUGAGCCGGAAUCGGCAUAAGCUUCGUCUCGUAAAUUCCGCAGCCACGAGGAUGAGUAUCAGUAGGCUUAGUACCUGUGUAAAUCACGGUUUGUUGCAGCAGUGAUCCCACCAGUAGUAGUUACUACUACUAUUAGC